UUAUUCAUCAUCUCCGACGAGGUUUUGCUUGAUUAAGCUAUCCAGGAGCACGCCGCCCGCCCACCCACGCAUUCCACGGCGCUCGACGCACACGCAUCCGCACCACCACGCACCACCACGAACCACACUUAGCUUUGAUCCCCAACUUAGUUGGCCCCCAUCAUGACGGCCAACUUCGUGGACUUGAUCCAGCGCUAUCGAGCGCUGCAAGUGUACCAGGAUAGCAGCAGCGAAUUGAUCAAGGAUAUUCUAGUCUACGCUCAAGAUGUCGAGACCGGCCUUCGACAAGAAAACGUGCGCCUAAACGAGCGCCUGCGCGAUACCGAGCUCGACCUAGAAGAUGCAACGACGUCAAGACGAGAGCUCCAGCAGCGCAUUCAGAAAUACGAAUCUCAGAUUCAAUACAUGACGAACCAGAAUGACGGUCUGAAGUUAGACAUUGAUGGUCUGAAGAACCGUAACCCCUACGUCUUGAUCUUGAUAGAUGGCGAUGGCCUCCUGUUUGAGGAACAUUUGAUCAAAGAUCGAGUGGAGGGUGGCAAAAGGGCCGCCUAUGCCCUCCGGGCCGCAGUAGCUAAGCAUGUUGGCGAGCGCGCCGGUGAGCUGGAGAUUGUGGCCCGAGUAGUCGCCAACGUCACAGGCCUAGGCAAGGCCAUGGUCCGCGAUCUCUCCGUGGAUACCUCAAACGACUUCAAGGACUUUACGUUAGGAUUUACUCAGGCCAAGGCCUCGUUUGACUUUAUUGACGUCGGCUACGGCAAGGAACGAGCCGACUCCAAAAUCAAAGAAACCACCCGAUGGCAUUUGCAGAACCACAACUGUAAACAGAUCCUCUUGGGUAUUUCGCACGAUGCCGGGUAUGCACCCUUCUUGGACGAGAUCCUGACGGAUGAGGCUUCCCGUCAGAGAGUCUCAGUGCUCGAGGGCUACCCAACAGUGCGUGAGCUCAAGGAGACCAAUGUCAACAUUGAAAGAUUUAGCAGCGACCUGUUUCGCCAAAACAAGCUUGUGGAUAGAUCGACAACAAUAUCGCUCCCUAAACCCGCGGUGAUGAAUCCGGCCCCAGGUAUGUUAACGCCCGCCGCGAGCAACGCUUCCCUAUCCCCGCCGCUCGCCUCGGCGACCACGGCGACUACGGCCACCCCGGCGACCACUGCCGCUUCGACUCCGGCGGCCAGCUCGUCCUCUUAUGCCAACGUCAUGGCUACCGCCAGCCCACCGCCUCGAAUGGUCAUCCCCCUAGCACCGAAACCCGCAAAGAAGGCAGCCCCGGUCCCGCCCGCGGCACCAGCGUGGAGCCCUGGCCCGCGAGGCCUUGACGAAUCAAUCUCGGUGGGCCAGCAAGUGAUGGAGGGUAUAAAACGACGCAAGGAACAGAACAAACUGUGCAACAACCAUUAUCUCCGUGGCCCGUGUACCAAGAUCGACACUUGCUGUUUCGUACACAACUACAAGCCCACACGUGAAGAAAUCCGCGCAUUGGCGAUGCUAUCUCGACUCAACCCGUGCACACGGGGCCAGGACUGCGAAGUGGAGGACUGCAUUUACGGCCACCAUUGCCCUAGUUUCCGGGACGGUGUGUGCGGCCACCCGUAUUGCAGGUUCCCGGUAGAUGCUCAUCCGCCGGGAACCAAAUUUAAGAACUCCCUAAUUCGCGAGAACUAAUCGUGGAGCGGGACACCCAAACGUCCAAUGACCUCCUUGAACAUUUUAAAACAUAGCUUUAGUAUAGGUGGUUGCAUUUUUGUAAGAGUCGAGCGGGUU